AUGACGUUUUGGCCAUGCCCGUUGUGCACGUUUUUUGCACCGAAAUUGAUAAGAGUCGUCAAUCAUGUCGCAGAAAUGCAUGGCUCCGAGCCUAACAUCACAAUACUCUGUGGCGUAGAUGGCUGCUGCCAUACGUUCAAGGUCGUGAACUCUUAUCGCCGUCACCUUUACCGAAAUCACCGUGAGCACAUAGAGCCGCCCCGUAGUGGCAUCUCUGAUCCCAAUGCCGUCGGAAGUGCGGGACCCGAUAGUGGCGUCUCUGAUCUCGAUGCCGUCGGAAGCGCGGGACCCAGUUGUGGCGUCCCUGAUCCCGAUGCCAUCGGAAGCGCGGGACCCCACGGAAACCUGCCUGAUGGAGGACAGGAAUUUUCAAACUACGAUGAUGAAGCCUGGACUACUCCCGUUUCACAAGGGGAAACGCCUGCCGAAACAUUUUAUGAUUUUGUUCAGAGCCUACAAGACAGCAUUUGCAGCUUCUUUUUCCAACUCGCGGAAAAGCAUAAGGUACCACACAGUACCUGCGACAAAAUCUUCGGGGAUUUUCAGUGCCUACUCGAGGUCAUCCUGAACAAACACGCACAACAGGUGCAACAAGCCACCUCUUUCGCCGACGGCUCCACAGACAGCCAUUGUCCAUUUGGGGAGGACUUCCCACGCUGUCUUUUUGACAAAGUACGCAGUAGGUACCAGGGAGAAAAAUAUGCAAGAACAAACUUCUUGUAUGUGAAGCCUGAAGAGCAUCUGUUGCCAAGCCCACAGAGUUCUCCAUUCCAGCACAUCCCCAUUGGGAAAGUUAUCCAGAAAGUUUUCGAAGUUCCAGAGUUGGCAAGGGAACUCCUGCAACCAAGAGAACAGGUGGGGACCGCACCGGAAGUCCUAAGAUGUUUUCGUGACGGCACGGCAUCCAGACAAGUGGCAGCGAGUGCCAGCUCCAGUCAACCCACGCACAAUCUGAACCUCUUGUUGUACACAGAUGAAUUGGGGAUUACCAACCCCUUGGGGGCCAACCAAAAGCAGCACAAGUUGCUUGUUGUGUAUUUCUCCUUCCUUGACCUGCACCCAAGGUACCGUGCGACUCUGAAGCACAUACAUCUGACACUGAUGGCCAAGUACAAGGAUACAGAGGCUGAUGGACUGGAGAACGUGUUACAACCUCUGCUGCAAGACCUGGCCGAGCUCAAGAGCAAUGGUCUUCAAGUUCGGCGUGGUGAAGGCACCAUGAAAGUGAAGGCCACGGUUGCCGCAGUGUGCGGCGACAAUCUUUCGCUGAACAAGCUUGGAGGCUUUUCCUGCUGCUUCAGCAGUGGCAGGGUGUGUCGCUUCUGCAUGGCAACUAAAGCCAGGCUGGCAGAGCUCACGAGAGAAGAACUCUGUGUGAUAAGGAGUGCAAAUCGACACAGCAUACACUUAUCGGCAAUUGCUAUCAACCCAUCGUUGAAAAAGCAAUACGGAGUAACCGGGCCCUCUCCAAUGCUGUCCUUGGAAGACUUCGACGUGACAAAACAACUCAUGCCAGACAUAAUGCACGACAUGUUUGAAGGAGGAUUUGCAGUUGUUCUCCAUUAUGUUCUUCAAGGGCUCAUCCAAGAGGGCACCCUUGCAUUGUCAGACUUGGAGAAGGUAGCCAAGUUCAAAUUUGGCUUCAACGACCGAAAGAACAAACCUGAGCCUCUAAGUGUCAACUUCACCAAGGACCACCGUGCCUUGAGAGGCACAGCUUCGCAAAAGUGGUGCUUGUUUAGGCUGCUCCCACUGAUGAUGGCCUCUAGCAUCCCAGAAGGCAAUGCGCAUUGGGAGCUCUACCUAAAGUACCGGGAGAUCACAGACAUGAUUCUUGCUCCUGAGGUUCCCACUGACUUCCUGCCAUACCUAGAAGACAGAAUUCAAGGUUUUCUAAAGGACUUCAUUGAGACAUACCCAUCAGCCAGUGUGCCCCCCAAGCUGCACUAUCUUGUCCACUAUCCCCGCAUCAUCCGAGAGUAUGGGCCCCUGCAACAGUACUGGUGCAUGCGCUUUGAGGCAAAGCACCAGUACUUCAAAGGUCUGGCAUUGAAAACCAAAAAUUUCUUGAACAUCACCAAGACCUUGUCUACACGACACCAACUCCUGCAGAGUUACGAGCUCCAUACCUUUGUCCUUGACAAACCUGUUUAUGCCACAGGUCUCAAGGUGGUAGCCCCCGCAGAACUCAACCAGUGCGCAGAGAGCCUGGCAUUUGAUGGCCUGCAGGUCUGGGAAGCCAAGUCCAUCGAGACAAGCACGGGAGUUUACCGAACUAACGAUGUCCUUCUCAUGAACAAGACAACGUCACUGAGCUUUGCUAAAGUUAGCACAGUGUACAUGGUGAAUCGUGAAGUGUUCCUUCUGCUCAAUGAGCUGCGAGUGGAGAGAUUCCGCAGACACAGGUGCAGCUAUAGAGUGCAGAACACCGACAACUUCUACCUCAAGCAGCCUGGUGAAGAGGCCUGCUUCCAACGGUUGGACCUCUACAACGAGGGAGAGCUUGUGCCAAAGUGGGACAGCUUCUAUUAUCCUUAA